AUGGCAUCACAAAUGGCGAUCCUCUUUCGCACGCGCUCCCUCCUCCUUCUGAAACCCUCUUCCCUCGUCAAAACCAUAUCCACAUUACCCUUCCUCUCGCAGGAGCCUCAACUGGUGGACCCCACCCCUCUCCCUCCCAACCCCGCCGCCGGCAGCCCCCUCUACCACCAAAACUGGCGCUCCCCUCUCCCUCCUUCCUCUCCCUCCUCCAACUCGCUCGCCCCCGCCAGUUUAUACAACCGUGCCUCCUCCGAACCCCUCGACCCUCACGCGCUUUUCGACCUCUUCGGUGACUGCAUGGCCUCGCACCAGUGGACCGAGGUCAAGUACCUCUUCGAGACCUGGGUCCGCGCCCUCGACAAGAAUGGCAAGCCCAACAGCCCCGACGUCAACCUCUUCAACCACUACCUCCGCGCCAACCUUAUGCUCGGCGCCUCCGCCGCCGAUCUCCUUGACCUCGUUGCGCAGAUGGAUGAGUUCCGUGUCCAGCCGAACACGGCGUCGUUUAACCUCGUUCUCAAAGCCAUGUGCGAGGCCAACGAAACCGUCGCCGCUGAUAAAUUGCUCCAACGGAUGCUGCAAACAGGAAAUGACGCUCUCCCUGAUGACGAAUCAUAUGACUUGGUCAUUGGAAUGCUCUUUUCCACAUCCCAGAUUGAUACUGCAUUGAAUUAUACAGAUCAAAUUUUAAAAUCUGGUAAUGUCUUGUCAAUGAAGGUAUUUAUGAACUGUGUGAGGGCAUGUGUCAGAAAGGGAAGGCUUGAUACAUUGGUGACAAUAAUUGAAAGGUGCAGGGGAUCAGAUCAAAACAAAGCUCUUUGCCCCAACUGGGACUUGUGCAAUUUUAUUGUUGAAACUGCAACUCGAGAGGAUAAUUGCAAAUUAGCUUUUUAUGGCCUGGAGUAUAUGGCUAGGUGGAUUGUAAAGGGUGAACGUCAAAGACCCCCUUUAUUUCUGUCUGUAGAUGAAGGUUUAGUUCUGUCAACUCUUUUGACUGCUGGUAGAACCUAUAAUUCUGAGUUGCUAGGGGCAUCAUGGGCUGUUUUGGAUCGUUCAUUGCGUAAAAAGAAAGCUCCUAAUCCUGAGUCAUAUCUUGGGAAGAUAUAUGCCCUUGCAUCAUUGGGAAAUCUACAAAAGGCUUUUAGUACUCUGAGUGAGUUUGAGUUGGCUUAUGGAGACUCUCGUCAAGAAGCUGAAGAAUUGUUCUGCCCAUUUACUUCAUUACAUCCAUUGGUUAUGGCAUGCUCCAAGAAGGGUUUUGAGACUCUAGAUAAUGUUUAUUUUCAACUGGAGAAUUUAAACCGUGCAGAGAAUCCUUAUAAAUCCGUUGCUGCUCUAAACUGCAUUAUUUUAGGAUGUGCAAACAUAUGGGACCUUGAUCGAGCUUACCAAACUUUUGAGUCAAUUGGAUCUAAUUUUGGGUUGAGUCCUGAUAUUCAUUCUUACAAUGGGCUGAUGUAUGCCUUUGGGAAGCUGAAGAAGACGCAUGAAGCUUCAAAAGUGUUCGAGCACCUAAUGAGUCUGGGUCUCAAGGCUAAUGCAAAAUCAUAUUCUCUACUCAUUGAUGCCCACUUGAUUAAUAGGGAUGUCAAAUCUGCCCUUGCAGUGAUUGAUGAUAUGAGAACUGCUGGAUUUGAACCGUCAAAAGAGAUUCUAAAAAGUGUCAGGCGGCGAUGCAUGAGAGAAAUGGACUACGAAAGUGAUGACCGAGUACAAUCACUGGCUAAUUCCUUGAAUUACAGACUGGGUUCAGAAGCCCGGCGGGACAUUCUGUUUAAUCUUGAUUACAGUGUGGGAUAUGCUUAA